AUGGGCUCAUACAUUCAUAUAUUUGUUUUGGCCUUAACAGUGAUCUCUUUGUUGGAAAUAGCGUCAACUCAACACGAACAUAGGACUCAACAACAGAAUGAAGUAGAGGACGAUGAGUUCGCUAAGUUUGAUGUUAACGAGGAGAUUGAGCCGGAAGAGAAGGAAGAACUGGAAAUUAGAGAUGGAAGUGCAGCUACUGGAGGUCAGACAUACGCUCUGCCAAUUGAUAUGCCUUCUGUUAACUUUGCUUUCUGGUAAGAUUAUAUUAUUAUUGUUGUCCUUUAGGGUUUUACUUUCUUAAUGUUCUUUAAAGCAUUACUAAUGGUUGCAAUUGACAUAUAAACAUGUGUUUUACAUUUACAGUGUUUCUUGUGGAUACCGAAAUGCUUUUGAACAAUACUCGACUAUGUUGAAGGAGAAAUAUCCAGGAAUUCAAAUCGAAGGAGGUAACUACCCACCAAGCUAUCCAAAGGCUUUGGGAGCUCAGGUAAAGUUUGUUUUUGAUGAAUUUGAUAGGAAAAAACAUUUAUAUAUCAAAAUGAUGAUCUUAAAGUUAAUAUUUAUUUUAGUUUCAAAAUUUUUUUAAACAUUGUUUUGAAUUGAAGUUGUUUAAUCUAAAUCAUUUUCAGAUUAUUGGUUUGGGUAAAAUUGUUGUGAUUGUAUGUAUCAUCCUUGGCAAAGAUCCUUUCCCUGCUCUUGGCAUGGCAACCCCGACUUUCUUCAACUGGAUGUUGAGCAACAAGUUGUCUGCUUGCAUGAUGUUGUUUAUCUUCUCUAACAGUAUCGAGAACAUGUUGAUGUCGACUGGAGCUUUCGAGAUCUAUGUUGGUAAUGAACUAAUUUGGUCUAAGCUGGAAAGUGGCAGAGUUCCAUCGCCGGCCGAACUUGUACAGAGCAUCAACGGCUACUUGGAGGUUCACGGAGGAAAACCGAUGGCCACCCAAGAAUUUGGAUAUCAGGAACAAUAA